CGUUCUCUUCUCCUCCUCACAAACCGAUCCCGACCGCGCGACCUCGCUUCCCCACCGGAUCAAACAGCUAGGGUUUCCUCGGAAUUUUCGUUCUCUUCCCCCAGCAGGCGAGAUGUUCGGGCGCGGGCCGCCGAAGAAGAGCGACAACACGCGCUACUACGAGAUCCUGGGCGUGCCCAAGGAAGCGUCCCAGGACGACCUCAAGAAGGCCUACCGCAAGUCCGCCAUCAAGAACCACCCCGACAAGGGCGGCGACCCCGAGAAGUUCAAGGAGAUAGCUCAGGCUUAUGAGGUACUCAGUGAUCCUGAGAAGCGAGAGAUCUAUGAUCAGUAUGGUGAGGAUGCCCUCAAGGAGGGAAUGGGAGGUGGAGGAGGAAUGCACGACCCUUUUGACAUAUUCCAGUCAUUCUUUGGAGGCAGUCCCUUUGGAGGCGGUGGCAGCAGUAGGGGCAGGCGGCAGCGCAGGGGUGAGGAUGUUGUUCAUCCUCUAAAAGUUUCCCUUGAGGAAUUGUACAAUGGAACAUCAAAGAAACUCUCUCUUUCACGCAAUGUGCUCUGCUCCAAGUGCAAUGGCAAGGGGUCAAAGUCUGGCGCUUCAAUGAAGUGUGCUGGUUGCCAAGGAGCUGGUUAUAAGAUGCAAAUCCGCCAGUUGGGACCAGGAAUGAUUCAACAAAUGCAGCAGCCUUGCAACGACUGCAGGGGAACUGGGGAGACCAUCAGUGACAAGGAUAGAUGCCCGCAGUGCAAGGGGGAGAAGGUUUCACAAGAGAAGAAGGUUCUUGAGGUGGUGGUUGAGAAGGGGAUGCAGCAUGGCCAGAAGAUCACUUUCCCCGGAGAGGCUGAUGAAGCGCCUGAUACCCUCACUGGAGACAUAAUCUUUGUCCUCCAGCAGAAGGAGCACCCCAAGUUCAAGAGAAAGAGCGACGACCUCUUCUAUGAGCACACCCUGACCCUCACCGAAGCACUGUGCGGCUUCCAGUAUGUUCUGACUCAUUUGGAUGGCAGGCAGCUUCUCAUCAAGUCCAACCCUGGCGAAGUAGUCAAGCCUGAUUCAUUCAAGGCGAUCAACGACGAGGGCAUGCCCAUGUACCAGAGGCCAUUCAUGAAGGGCAAGCUCUACAUCCACUUCACGGUGGAUUUCCCAGACUCGCUGAACCCGGACCAGUGCAAGGCCCUUGAGGCGGUCCUCCCGCCCAAGCCGGCUUCCCAGUACACGGAUAUGGAGCUGGAUGAGUGUGAGGAGACGAUGGCAUAUGACAUCGACAUCGAGGAGGAGAUGAGGAGGCGGCAGCAACAGCAGCAGCAGGAGGCCUAUGAUGAAGACGAGGACAUGCCCGGCGGUGGCGGCCAGCGGGUGCAGUGUGCCCAGCAGUAGGGGGUUCUGAUGUUGUUGGCGGCAAUUUGUUCUGGUCGCUUGUUUGCGAUGCUUUUCUCAAGUUUUCCCCUGUUAUUAGAGGUGCCUUACGUGGAACCUUUUGGUGCUAGUUAUAUGAUAUGAGCAUUUGACUCUAUACAAUGGCAGUUUCGCUCAGAAAAUAUUUGUGUUGU